AUGUCUCAAACUAUCCCAUUUAGCUUUUUCCAGGCCUUAAGUUCGAGACCCGAUGAACCACAUCGGAAUGGCGAUCAAUCAUUUCCACUCGCAGGCCUGACUGCUGAGCCAUAUUGGGAAGGCCCACACGAUCACUUCAAGGGCUGGGCCCCGGGAAAGGCAGAUGCCAACGCCAAAUAUAAUCGACCCCAAUGGGUGUCUGAGAAUUUACCUCCAGGAUUUGAGCGGUGGAGAGAGGGAGCGUCUGGCAGCGAUAAAGGAGACAGUGUUACUCUGGAUGGGACUUCGCGGAACAACAGCUAUAACCCCGUGGAUGACCCUCUUCGAAUCACCAACCUCGACCGCGAAAUGUUUGAGCCCGUAGCUCGGGCUCUCAAGGACAAUAAAGUUCCCAUUACACAUGUCGUGAUUGUGCUGAUGGAAAGCGCCCGGAAGGACAUAUUCCCCUUCAAGGCAGGCUCACAUUUACACAAGAAGAUCCUAUCGUCCUACGAUACCCAAAGUCCCGAAGUACUCCAAGAGAUCGACGAUAAAUUAUCAAAUUUGACACCAAACGCAGAGAAGUUGACUGGGGAGGCGAGUGGAUUCUCGACAAAUAGUCACAUAUCCAGCCAUUCUAGUGGCGGAUGGGAUAGUACGACAGAACCAGGGAUGGGAGGUAUCAGUUUCAAUGGUAUCCUCACUGGUAGCAGUUUAUCACUCAAAAGCGAGAUUAUGAACUAUUGUGGUGCGGGCCCAUUGCCGGUGAACUCCAUGGAUGAGGCCAAACUUCAGAAUUAUCAGCCGUGUAUCAUGCAAAUUUUGGAAUUGUUUAACCAACUCAAGGAGAAGUCGAAAAAGGGUUCAGUGAAUAGUAAGCCUGGUAAUGGGCUUGAACAUAUUCAUGGCCGAAACUGGAGCUCCGUGUUCUUGCAGUCCAUCACCGGACGGUUUGACGACCAAUUUAAGCUCAACAAGAAUAUGGGAUUUCAAGAAUCAAUCUACCGUGAAGACAUUAACAAGCAUGGCGCCAAACAUUAUCACCAGGGCAUGAUGGAGAUCAACUACUUUGGAUACUCGGAGUAUGAGAUAUACCCAUACCUGCGAGAUGUGGUGAACAAUACAAUCGAGAAAAACGAACGGCUUUUCCUGUCACAUUUAACGAGCACAACCCAUCACCCAUGGGGCAUGCCCCCGACAUACAAACAAGAGCAAUACUUUGCCAAAGACGAUCUCAUGACGACACACAAGGAUAUGAACAAAUAUCUGAAUACUGUCCGAUACGUGGACACAUGGCUCGGCGACAUUAUGAAGGUCCUCGACGAAGCUGGGAUUGCAAACGAGACAUUAGUCGUCUUUGUGGGAGAUCAUGGCCAGGCAUUCUCCGAAGACGCGCCAAUCUCAGGCACAUACGAGAACGGACAUAUCAGCAACUUCCGUAUUCCCCUCGUUUUCCGACACCCGCUAUUGCCCUCACUGCAAAUCACAGCAAAUGCAACUUCGAUGUCCGUCGUCCCGACCAUUUUGGAUCUGCUCGUGAAUUCAGGCUCCUUGGACGAGACAGACUCCGGUGUAGCCCUAGACUUGAUGAACGAAUAUGAAGGACAGUCACUGGUGCGCCCAUACCAGGCCACCCACAAUGGACGUCAGGCAUGGAACUUCGGCAUUAUCAACCCCGGUGGUACAAUGCUCAGCGUUGGAUCUGCGGCUGUCCCAUAUCGACUCAUCUUACCUCUCAAUGGGAAAUUUGAGUACACUUUCUCUAAUCUAGACACUGACCCGGAUGAGUUGAAUCCAUUGCAUGGGUGGUCCCUCAAGGAGUUAAUCGGUCGUGUACAAAGGAAGCAUGGAGACAAAGCCGGGAAGUGGCUGGCCGAUGCGGAGAAAGUGGGAAAAUGGUGGAUUGAGGAACAGAAAAUAUUAUGGAAUUACCAAUAG